AAACAUGAGGCUGCUGGCUGUCCUGCUGCUCUUCUCUCUGCUCACUGACUUUUUAUCUGCCGAUGAGUCCUGCAUGAAUCGCUGUGAAAAUGGCUUCGACUCUGAGAAGCAGUGUCAGUGUGACUCUAUGUGCAAGUACUACAAGUCUUGCUGCUCGGACUAUGAGGUGACCUGUGGUAUGGCAGCUCGAGGAGACACCUUCGAGUUUGCCGAGGAUGAUGAUGAAGAGCAGCUUACAGGCCCAUCUCCCUCACCGGGACCCUCGGGGGACAGCCAGCCCCUCACAGCUGUCAGCCGUCAGCCCAGCCCCACCCGGCCUCCUCUCCCAGACUUUAACCAGAGACCACACCCCUCUGCAGAAAUGACCAGAGCACCACGCGUGAACCAGAGGGUCCACGUCACUCCGAAAACACCCGUUUCCCACACGGUUCCCCCCUCACGCUCGCCCCCCUGCACCACUGCAGCUCCUCAGACCAACGCAGCCGUCGGGGUGACGACGGAUCCCACGACCACCACCACAGGAGCGCCAGACCCCGACGCUCAGGUCUGCAGUGGGAGGCCUUUUGACUCCUUCAUGCAGGUGAAAAAUGGCUCCAUGUACGCUUUCAGAGGGGAGUACUUCUUCGAGCUGGAUCAGAAGUCGGUGCUGCCAGGUUACCCGAAGCUCAUCAAAGACGUGUGGGGCAUCAGUGGACCCAUCGACGCUGCCUUCACCAGGGUCAACUGUCAGGGAAAGACCUACAUAUUCAAAGGGACCAAGUACUGGAGGUUUGAGGACGGCGUGCUGGACGACGACUAUCCUCGUGACAUCAGCGUCGGCUUCGACAGGAUUCCCGAUCACCUGGACGCGGCGUUCGCUCUGCCGGCUUCCAGCCACAACGGAAGAGAGAAGGUGUAUUUCUUCAAAGGGGAACAGUACUACACCUAUGAGUUCUUGCACCAGCCAUCCCACGGCGAGUGCAUCAAAAUGUCAGCGAGUUCUCCGUCCGCGCUGUUCAGGCGCUACACUGACGUGUACUACCACAACUACGAGCGGUUUCUCAGCGAACUCUUCUCCGACUUGCCUCAGCAUCACGACAAUCACCACUUUAUCAACAAGGACUGGAAGGGCCUGAGGGCCCCCGUGGACGCUGCCAUGGUCGGAAGGAUGUACGUUCCCAUGUGGAGGAGCGGCCGCCGCAACGACUACCGGCCCGAUCAGCAGUGGGGUCGACAGCAGGGUCAGCAGUGGGGUCAGCCGUGGGGUCAGCAGUGGGGUCAGCAGUGGGAUCAGCAGUGGGGUCAGAGGAGAAGGAGCCGGUCAGCCUAUUGGAACAGCAUGGCCGAGCGAGGAAUGGCCAUGGGUCAGGAGUUUGCCGAAAGAGGGAUGGACAUGGGUCUGAGGCUGGCCGAGAGGAGGAUGGAGAUGGAGGAGAGGCUCGGCCGAGACUGGGACAGGCAGUGGGAUCAGGACUGGGACCAGGACAGACGGAGAGACGGGUACCGACGGAACAACAACAGAGGCAACUACGACUCCCGAGACGACCGAUACUGGGAUUACUUCCAGAGGAGCCUGCCCAUGCAGACCGUCUACUUCUUCAAAGGAGAUAAAUACUACCGAGUGGACCUGAGGACCAAGAGAGUCGACCCCGCCGUGCCUUCCUACCCCAGGUCCAUCGCCAGGUACUGGCUGGGCUGCUCGGACACCACUGGCUCAGAGAAGUGA